AUGCACACCGACUCGCCUACCGCCUGCAUCAUUCUGCCAUCGCAAAACCACCAACGUCGAGAGAGGACCAUGGGCCGCCGACCGAACCAGCUCAUCCUCGAGUACUUUGAGCGCGGCCCCAAGCUCGAAGAUGCAAGCAACCGCUACCAGCACACGUGCAAGUCGUGCGGCGAGCGCUUUGCCAAAGGCCGGAUCGACAGCCUCACAAGCCAUCUGCGCGCGCUGCUGCAGUUCCACGAGCUGCCUCUGCCCGACAGCAUGGCCAACGGCCACGGCCAGAUGCACACCGGCCAGAACAUGCGCCUGCCCUAUGCGCCCUCGAAGCAGCUCUCUGCCCUGGAGACGCUGGCCGAGGUGUCGCGCCAGCACCUGGACCUGUCGGGGAAGCGCGUGCAGGACAAGCACGGCCUGCUCGACGAGUUCCUCGUGCACGACGACCGACCCGAAGGCGCCCAUGAUAUGGCUGGACUGUCGCAGGGAGAUGCGCCCGCACUCCCCUCCGUGUGCCAGUUCCCAGGCCCGCUGCACCACUCGCCCACCAACUCGCCGCACAUGGGCCACAUGCCGCUGUCAGGUGCUGCAUCAAUGGCGCACAUGGCUCCCUCGCUCGUCAUGGCGGCCUCGGCAGCAAACGAGCUCAUGCCUCUGACCAACGGGCUCACUGGGGAGUCGGACAUGAGUCUGGGGUCAGGUAUCAAUGGCAUGUCGGACAAGCUGUUCCACACCCAAGGCCGCUCGCCAUGGCCACCUCUGCAGCCGAGUCCGCUCGAGUCGUUGCUGCAAGACCACGGCAAGCAUCCGUUGCUGCCAAAGGACGAGCAUUCAACCCACGACAUGUCGCAUGCACGACCCCUCGCCAUGAAUCCGAGCACCCAGGCACACUUCACCACCGACUUCAGCAUGAACCAGAAGCCACUGAAGCCCAAGGUGAGGGGGCGCUUCUCCGACUCCAGGCGCAAAGAGGUCCAGGAAGUACGGAAACGGGGCGCAUGCAUCCGGUGUCGCAUGCUGAAAAAGCCAUGCUCUGGAGAAAACCCAUGCAACACAUGUCAGAACGUCGAGAGCGCGCGGUUGUGGAAGCAGCCCUGUAUACGCACUCGAAUCGCCGAAGAGUUCAAUCUCUACAGCGCAGGCCUGCAUGGAGUUCUGGCGUACCACGUCACCAACCAGGCGAAAGGGCAGAUACGGCUUGAUCAAACACCAGGGCGCAUAGAAGCUACACACCAUCCAGAUUCCGGCAUAUUCGCGACUUUCACACCGCUGAAAUGCCAACACGCUCAAGCGUCUCAAAACGCCGACAUCGACCCCGCCAUGUUCGGCGCAAUCCCCUCGCCAGACGUCGAACUAAUCGACGGCGACGACGACAUCGGCGGAAAACUCGACCUCUACAUCAAGAAAAUCAGCCCCUACUUCUUCGACACAGAAGACUCACCUUUCAUGAAAACCACCCAACGCACAGCCUCCAGCAUGAUCCCCCCCAACAACACCAACCCCGACGGCCUCCUCCCCAAAGCCCUAGAACUAUGGACAUACACCCGCAUCCUCACCUCCCCCGACACAGCCUGGCACCUCUUCUCCAACCCCUCCCUCGCCCCGACACUCACCCCCGCCGUCCUCUCCCCACCCGACUCCCUCUCCCCACCCCGCACCCCCAUAUCCCCCUUCGCCCACCCCACCUCCCACAACCUCAUCAAAGCGCAACUCCUCGGCGCAGCCGAAAAACGCGCCGCAGCCCUAUCCCGCACACUCAUGAACGACCUGGAGCGCCGUCUGCUGCAGCGCCAACAAGCCAACCCGUUCGAAACCUUCCUCGUCGCUGUCAUCCUCCUCGCCUGCGUAGAGCGCAUGUGCUGGCUCUUCCGCACCUGGGAACUCCCCACUGAUGCUGCGACCCGCAACCCCAAAUGGCCGCUCGAUAAACCGCCAGCCUUCUUCUCGCAGCAGGGCGAGCGGUUUAGCGAUACGGUGAAUAUGCUGCUUAAGAUGCGGGGGGUGCCGCCGAAGCCUGUCCCGAGGAGUGGGGAUGGGGUGUUGGUUGUGUGGGGGGAGGAGGGGGAUGGGAAGGUUAGGGAGUGGUAUGAGGGGAUUGGCGUGUCGGGGGGGAUGCUGGAUGAGCGUGCUGCGGCGCGGUUUGUGGGUGAGGGGCCGAGGGAGUGGGAAUUGAAGUUUGUGGGGAAGAUUAUUCGUGGGGAUUGA